AUGGAUGUCGACAUAAACACCAGCACCGGCACCGGCAACGACAGCAGCGAGCGAGCAGACCAGCAGCAGCAAUCCCAAUCACCAUCACAGUCUUCUCCCCAAAACAAUGGCCCGCCAGGAAGCGCCCAAAACCAGCCCAGCUUUCGAAGUGAGCGCGGAGACGCCGUCGAAGCCAACUCUCCCCAGCCUCUUCCCCAGCCUAUGGCCGGCUCCUCCAACACAUUCCCAGCGAGACCUGCCGUGUACCACUCCUCUGAAGGUGUGCCGACGACGACAUUGACAGAGGCGCAAGCCAGGAAAGAGGAGGUCGACAAUGAUACCUACGUCAACCUGGUGAUGAAGCCCAAAUUCACAAGAGCUCCCAUCACCGAGGCUGGCCGCGUAGCCUUCUUGGGCGAGUCGUCAAAUCUCACCCUCCUAGUCCACGAUCGCCAGGGUUCGUCGGAUGUGGUGCACUAUCCGCUUCCCGAGAAUGUCCGGGGAUCAAGAGCUAGGUUGACGGAGCUGGACAACAUAGAGAUCGAUAUUCUGCACCAACGGGGAGCGUUCCUGCUGCCACCUAGGCAGCUGUGCGACGAGCUUAUCGAAGCCUACUUCAAAUGGAUUCACCCCAUCGUGCCAGUCAUAAACAAAAUCAGCUUCAUGAGACAUUACCGGGACCCCAAGAACCCACCGUCGCUACUAUUGUUACAGGCUGUCCUGCUUGCUGGCUCGCGAGUCUGUCACCACCCACAGCUCAUGGACGCCAACGGAUCCACCACGCCUGCUGCCUUGACCUUCUAUAAGCGAGCGAAGGCUCUUUACGACGCCAACUACGAAGACGACCGCGUGACUAUCGUUCAAUCGUUGAUACUCAUGGGGUGGUAUUGGGAGGGCCCCGAAGAUGUCACCAAAAACGUCUUUUACUGGAGUCGUGUCGCACUUAUCGUCGCCCAGGGAUCUGGCAUGCACCGGAGCGUGGAAGGCUCGCAAUUAAGUGCAGCUGACAAGAGGUUAUGGAAGCGCAUCUGGUGGACGCUCUUCACCCGUGACCGGUCCGUUGCCGUCGCCCUAGGACGCCCAUGUAAUAUCAACCUGGACGACUGUGACGUUGAGAUGCUGACAGAGGAUGACUUCGUCGAGGAUGAGCCGGACAACGCAAGUGGCUUCGGACCUGACCCCAUCCAUGUCCAGUUCUUCCUGCAGUAUGUCAAACUCUGCGAAAUCAUGGGCUUGGUUCUGUCUCAGCAAUACUCGGUAGCAUCUAAAGGUCGGCGGCAGAAUGCAAUCGACCUGACACACAGUGAUAUGGCCCUGGCCGACUGGCUAUCGAACUGUCCGAAGGCUGUUUACUGGGAGAUGCCGCGGCACCAUUUUUGGAGUGCGCUUCUCCAUUCGAACUACUAUACAGCUCUGUGCCUUUUACACCGAGCACAUAUGCCCCCUAACACUAGCAAUGCCGCAAGCUUUCCGGAUGAUUCGUCUUACCCUUCUCGAAACAUCGCUUUCCAGGCUGCGGGGAUGAUCACGUCCAUCAUCGAGAACCUAUCGACUCAUGAUGAGCUUCGGUACUGUCCAGCAUUUGUCGUUUACAGUCUGUUCUCUGCUCUCAUCAUGCACGUAUAUCAAAUGCGCUCGCCUGUGCCCUCGAUCAAACAGGUCACGCAUGACCGCAUCCGAACUUGUAUGGCUGCCUUGAAGGAGGUUUCGAAGGUAUGGCUCGUGGGCAAAAUGGUCUCUACUCUUUUCGAGUCAAUUCUUGGUAAUAAGGUGUUCGAGGAGAGACUCCAAAAGGCUGCUGGCACACGGCACAGGAGGGCGCAGCAGAGCUUUGUCCGUUUGGAGCAGCAUCAGAGACAACAAGAAGCUGCGAAACGGAAGUAUGAUGAGAUGGCGAUCGAUUUCGGCGGUAACACACCAACACAUCAGGAAUCUUACGAGCGUUCGCGACCGCAGACGCCGAGGAUCGACUCAUCGCACAAUCAACCGCAUAUGGGACCGCCCGUACACUCGCCAAAUGUCAAGUCCACAGAUGCUUUCAUGGGGGGAACCAGCAGCAGGCCCCAUACCCGACCGGCGACUCCCUUCAAUCCUUCCUUUUCGGUCCCAGCCACGCCGCCGGAUCUAUACCUGGUGACCCGGAACUCUCCCAACUUGUCUCAGUCGAUCUGGGAGAAUUUCCAGCCGGACCAACUGUUUCCCGAAAGCUCGAUUACGCCAAUGCAACAAUUGUCACCUACACAGACCCAUCAGAAUCUGGAUCCCAAUCUCAUCCCACAGAUGCAACAGGGUGGUAUGUCGUCUCCAGGUUUGGGCCAGUCCAAACAGUUCCACCAGCGGGUGCCACCACCCAAGGCGGCGAGCGCGAUUCCUUUGCAGGCUAACAGUUUUUUGCAUCCAGGACUGGGAGGUUACCAAGGACAAGCGUCGACCCUUUGGCCAGGUGGCGAUCUCAAUGCACCCAUGCCGGACGGCCAAAGUCCCAGCGCCAGCGACAGCUGGAGUACUGGAUCCGGACAGGCACCAGCGGUGCCAGCUACGUUGAACGUCGAAGACUGGUUCCAAUUCUUUGGCAUCAACGGAAACGAUGUCAAUUUUGGCGGGCUGGAUAUGUCAAUGAACAACAACUAA